AUGGCAGAAGAAUCAUUAGCAAAGAGCCUAUUAAUCGAAGAAGCCUUUUAUACCGCUUUAGCCAAUGGCAACGUCAAAGCUAGCCGAGCACGUUGUUUAUUCCUUGGCGAUAAAAAUAGCGGCAAAAGUUCACUCUUUCGUGUUUUAAGCGGUCAAAUGUCCAAGGUAAUGCGUAAAAUGUCAUUAAUAUCGGAUGCAGACGAUGCCAUGACUUCCGAUGGUAUUCUUGCUCGAACAAGAUCAGAUUCACUACUACCUCCUGGACUAGAUGCACUAAUGGAUAGUGCAGGUGAAAGUGAUGAAGUUUUUAGAGAUGAUAUUCCAUUGCGUCCACAACGCCGAUCUUCUUUUAUCCGAAGUAGUAAUCAACAAGGUUGGUCACCUAAUAAUUCAAUAAGCAGUGAAUCUGGCAGUACAAGCGGUAAUCAAGCUAGCGGCUCAUCAUCGAAUCCACAGUUGAGUGAUUUUGAUCGCCAUGCUGGCAAAUUGAUUGCUCACGCCUUAAAACAACUUUAUUUUCGAAAUACUAAUAAAUCUAAAUUAGCGGAAUGCUCCACUUGGGAUAAACGUAUUCCUUACGAUAGCGUUGUUAGCUAUCUUAAAUCAACAUCAUCAACAGUUACGGAAGAUUUGAACUCGACUGCACGCUUGCGUUUAGAUUUUUGGGAUAUAUCUGGCCAUAAAUUAACACGUAGUGUUCAUCAUGUACACUUAGCUAAAUUUGGUGUUAAUUUAAUUGUAUUCAAUGCCGUGAGUAUGUUGGCACAAGAAGAGAAACAAUUACAAAGUUUACAUUACUGGUUAAACUCGAUACGUACAUAUACAACUCCCACAACACCUGUUCUACUAGUUGGUACUCACGGCGAUGAAUUAUCAUCCGAUGACAUUAAGAAUAUCAAUAGGCAAUUAAAUAAACAUUUUAUGCAAUCAUUUGGUGGACAGAUAGCUCGUAGUAGCUACGAUUCAGUAAUGUUUUUAGUAGAAUCACAGCACGGAAUUAAAGAUGAAGGGGCUGCUAGAUUAUUGGAGAAAAUGUUCGAUUGCGCCAGGAGACAAGAAUAUUCCACUCAUGCAAUCCCACUAAGUUGGGUUAUGUUCCGUGAACAAUUAACACGAUUGCAUAAAGAACACAAUAUUCGAUGUGUAACUGUCAGCUCGCUUAGGAAAUUAGCAAGACAAGUUUGCAAUAUCACAUCAGAACAAGAGCAAACUCAAGUCUUGGAAUAUUUACAUCACGGACGAAAAAUUAUCUAUCCAGGGAUACUUCACGGUGUUAAAAAAGAUCAUGUGAUUCUGAAUACUUUUGUCAUCAUUGAUACACAAUGUGUCUUGGAAGCAAUUACUGCGUUGAUCUAUCAACCAAGCCAUUGUAAAGAAACUAAGCACUUUCAACACAAAUGGGAGAGAUUGACUAAUUAUGCUGUAGUCGACACUGAUUUAAUGUUACAUGCAUGGAAAAAUUCCAAAGAACCAAGCGAAGUAUUAGUCAGUUUGAUGGAAGCACUGCAUAUUAUUUAUCGAAUUGAUGAUAACUGUGAUUUUUUGACAUCGCACCUUAAAGAAAAGAAAACUUUACAAGAAUUUGAUAGUAAACGACCUGGCUUAUUUUCUAGCAUGAAGCCAGCGCGAUUUAUUAUGCCAUAUUUACUUAAAAAUCAAAUGGAUGAAAGUUUCUGGGAGGUUUCAUUAGAUGAUAUUUCGUUCUAUUUUGAUUUCCAUGGUUUCCUACCUCAGCCAAUAUUUAUGUACACCAUAAUUGAUAUAAUGUCUCAACGUGGUAAGAAUGCUUCGUUAACGACAACGAUAUGCCAGACUGGAGGAAUUUUCUCGUUAUUUGAUGAUAUCUAUCAUUUCAAUUUACAACUUUAUGCGGAAAAAUGCCAAUUUAAAAUUACUGCAAGGUGUAAAGAAGGCUACUCAGCAUGGUAUUUGAUGAAUGAGCUCAAUGUCAUGGUUAAGAAUAUUUGCGACAAGCACUUUCCAGAUGUAUUUUAUCAUUGUGGACCUGCGUGCCCAAUGGAUCGUUGUUUAUCUGCUGAUCAAGCAUUUAAUCGCGUUCAUGUGUUAAAGGUCGAUUUCUUGAAUCCUAACGCUGCUCUACAAUGCGGACAAAUUAGGGUCGAUGAACAUCCUCACGUAAAAGAAUGGCUACCAGAUGAUAAUAUCGAGGCAACUAUUGCCGCGUUAAAAGAUCGCAAGAAUGAACAGUCUCUGGAUAAUCAUAUUGAUCAUUUAUCACAAAGUACACACGAUGAAUUAUGCCGUUUGUUAAAUCAACAUACGCCAUCAGUUAAAGACUGGCGAUGGCUUGCGCUUGAAUUAAUGGAGAUUACAACACAACAGUUGGUACGCUUCAAACUACAAGACAGUCCCAGUAGUAGCCUAUUAGCUGAAUGGGGUAAAAAAUCUCAUAGCACUGUCCAAUUGUUAAUCAAAAAGCUUCAAGACAUCAAGCGAGAUGAUUGCGUUCAGAUUCUAUCGCAAUGGAUCGAGAAUCAUUUCUAA